AUGCUCCGCGCUCCACGAUGCGAUGAGUGGCGCGCGAAUAGCGUCAGCGGAGAGGGGAUGGAAUGUUGGGAAGCUCAAGCUUAUUUGGUCGACAAAUUGCGUAAACAAUCAGAGCAACAGAAACAAGUGUGUAACUUCAUUAAUAAUGGUAAUUUAAAGUUAGAGACGGUAAUAAAACUUGCUGAACAAGAAGUUAAAAGUCUAUUAAGUGCUGUUGAUACUAUUAAAUUAGCAAAUGUCGAACUUAAGAAAGAGUUGUUGAUGGCUAAAGAGAGGAAAAUAACUGUUAGUGAAAGGGUAAACAAUGGAAUUAAAAAAUAUGAAGAUCUUUGGAUAGCAUCUAAAAGACGAUACGAAAGUAUUCCUUUCGUUCAUAGCUACAUACAAACUUUAAAUAAAAGCAAAAUACUAAAAGACAACAUAUUGAACCUUACCAGUGAAACACAAAAAUUAACUCAUGAUAUAAAGAAAAGAAAAACUGAGUUGAAAAACUUAGACAAAAGGCAUGUAAUAGAAGUAGCAAUGUACAUGGUACACGAGCGACCAGAAAUCUUACAAAGUAUAAGAAACAAGAGCCACGAAGUCAAAGAAUUACUUAAUGAUAUUCAAGAAUUAACAAAGAAAUGCGAGGCAACAGCUAUUAAAACUACCAAAUCCAUUCCUGUAACGUUAGAAAAUAAUUGUGAAAAUGAACCAAUGGACGUUUUCAUUGAAGGGUCUUGGCCUAAUCUGACUACAGAUAUUGAUAACACAAUGAUGUUGCCAAAACUGCAGCUCCGAAACAUUGAUUUAGAUAUUCUUACUAUCAAAUUGGAUCAGAUAAAGAAAGGAGAUUCUCAAAAUGUAUCAAAGAGAACUGAACCAGAACACUUAGUACUAGAACAGACUCCUAUUAAAAAGAAGAAAUCAGAUGAGAUAGCUAGAGAUGUAUAUGUCUCAUCAUACUUUCAAUCUCCAACUAAUUUUAUUGAGGAUAAAGAACUUAAUGAAAAUCAGACAAAAAAUUAUUCAGAAAAUAAAUUGAUACACAUUAUAGAAGAUAUAAAGUUGGAUAGUGUUGAGACUUAUAACAUAGUCUCUAAUAUUAAAGCCAAUUCGCUUCAAGAUGUUCAUAUAAUUAAAGCUGAAAAGGGACAUCAAAAAGAAUUAAUAGAUACCAAAAAUUGUUCACAGGAAAAGAUUGAUGAAACACUCGAGUGUGAGAAGAUCGAAGAAAGUGAGUUGACAAAAACACCAAAUAUUUUAGUACCACCUACGCAAUUCUUGGAUCCUUCACAGAAUUCUCAAGAGAGAAAAAGCGCAUCUUACACCGAUAAAGACUGUGUAAUUGAUUUAGAAAAAUCUCAUGAUGUUGAGACUGGUGAAAAAGAUGGUAAGAACAAUGAACUAAAUGUCAGUACUGCUAGUGAAGACAGCUACAUAAAAAUGAAAGAAACUAUAUUCAAGAAACACAAUUUGGAUCUAUCACCUCAAUUUAAAUAUUCUAAAACCUCAUCCACCUCUAAGAGACCUGAAACAAAUACUGUGGCAUCAAAAUUCUUUCUUGAAAAGAAUGAUGUUUUUGAUAAUAUAAACAGAGUUCAAGCUAUGGAAGUUGAAGACAAUUACACAGCAGAAAAAAUGACUAGUCAAUACCAUGGAGAUCAAGAUCAAAUCUCAGAAGAUAAAGGCACUACGUCCAACCAAAAUAAUAAUGACAUGACACAAAAAGACAUGCCAGUGGCUGGAUUAUUGUUCACUCAUGGAUCUCAAGAUAUUCCUGAUUCUUUGAAUGUAUCUAUGAGUACCACUGGCUUUGAUGAAGCAAAUGACGACUAUCCUCCUUGUAUUGAUUCUAGCUUACUUUUAUCUCCUAAAGCUGAUGUUCCAAUGCCAGAAAUAAAUGGUAAUAAUUCUGAAGUAUUGUCUCAGGAGGUACCUAAUUUCUUGUCAGGAAUUAGGAAAACAGGUUUUUCAUUUUUUGGAAAAAGUUCAUCAGAAAACACACCAGAUGCUAUGGCUCAGAAUCAGAACAAUAAAUUUACUUUUUCCUUUGGAUGUGACGAGAAAAAGAACAGAGGUGGUUUUUUCAAUAUUUUUCAUUAAAUAAUCUGUUAUUCAUUUUGCUCCUUUGUAUUAAUUGAUAAUA